ACUCUGGCACAGUGUUUCGGUGGCGCGCUUUUGCUUGCUACUUGCUGCGACAGCCGCGAACCGAAGCAUCGGAUUGAGUAGGAGGAGACAAGCUCUGAUUGAGCCUUUCUCCAAGCGGAGCCUACAGCACACGCAUUCAGUGAGAUCACAUCCUUACGAGCCAAGCAUUGCAGUUGCCAGCGAGACGCUAGUAUUUCUUGCUGAACCUUUCCCAGAUUCCCGACUCAUGGAUCCCGUUUAGGAUAUAACGUUUCAUGUUGUUAAAUCGGGAAGCUGUGUAGGUUUCUGUUUCUUUAUUAUCUGAAAUCGUAGCCAGAAUGUCAGCUCACAGUAUGUAAGUAUGGGCCGCACUUAGCGAUUCCCCCAUCUCGGUGGGCUCACGUUUUGUUGUAUUUGCUUUUCGGAAUUAAGCCUCGAACGGUUACAUUGUCGCAGACGAACUUCUGUAACAAUGUGGGCGAGAAACGAUUUCGAAGAUGGAUAUGAUGCCUUUAAAACAGGCUCCAACACAUCCUCACCUGGCUGGGUACCUGGCUGUGAGUCGGCAUGGCAGACCGGCUCGGUCACCACUGGCAGCAGUAACCGCGGGAGACGCCACAGCACAGCCUCGGAUAGUGGCGACACCGGAAUUGGCACGUCUUGUUCUGACAGUGUGGAAGAUCACUCCAGCUCCAGCACCACGCUGUCCUUCCAGCCGUUGCGCGGCAGCAGCCUGAGCGUGGGCAGUGGGCCGGGCGGCAGCGGCAGCGUCAGCUCCAUCCCCACGGCGCACGUCAUGCCCUCGCCCUCCUCGUCCUCGUCCUGCUCCAAGCUGGGCGUGCCCGGCCUGCUGCUCUCCUCCUCGUCCGUGUCCACGGCCUCGUCCUCGCUGGGCGCGGCCGGCUGCGGAGGAGGAGGAGGCGGAGGAGGCCCCAGCGGCGGCGUGAGCCCCUGGGGCAGCAGCGGGCAGCUCCUGGCCUCGCCCCUCCACUCGCCGCUGGACAUGCGGGACCCGCGGCCCGUCCGCCGCUGGUCGUCCCUGACGCGGCUGAGCGUCGGCGGCGAGAAGCAGUCCGGCGGCGGAGGCGGAGGCGUCGGCGGCGGGAUGAUGUCGCCGAUGUCGGGUCGGCACGCGGGCGCCGGAAGCUACCGGAUCCCCGACUCGCACGGCUCCCUGGACCGCGGGCUGCUGCACGGCUACCGGCUCCACGAGUCCAAGAGCUCGGAGGGUUUCCUCCUACUCGGACGCUACGACACACAGCCGUCCGGCGGUAGUAGCGGGGGCGGCAUCGGCGGCGGAGGAGGGGGCAGCGGCAGCUGCAGCCGGACAGACUCGUGCAGGUCGUCCCCGCUCAAGCCCAGCACCCUGGAGCUCAACUACAGCGCCCUGCCCGAGAGCAAGCAGCCCCACGUGGGUACAGCGGGCACCAGCCCGGGCCUGCAGGGCGGAGGAGGCCAGAGGAGUGGCGGCGGCGGUGGCGUCGGGGUGAGCGUCGGCGGGUCGCCCAUCCAGCCGGCCGUGCGGACGCAGAUGUGGCUGAGCGAGCAGAUGGAGUACCGGCCCGGCGUGGACGCCUGCGGAGGAGGACUAGCGCUGGGCGCCUGGCAACAGGAGCAGCAGCAGCGGGAGAGGAUGCGGCAGGAGGCAGAGUACACACAGAUGCUAGGGGGCGCUGCUCUGCCUGUCAACACGCUGGUGAAGAUCAAAGAGGGGCUGCUGAGGCAGAGAGAGCUGGAGAUUGACAGACAAAAGCAGCAGAUCUUGCAGCUGCACGCCAGAAUCCGGGAGAAUGAGCUGAGAGCGCAGCAGGUCCUCCACAACCAGAGGGGGCGCUGUGAGGAGCCCUACUUCCUCAAACCCAAGGAGUGUGUGUGCGAGGGCAGCCCUGUGGCCCAGCAGCAGCAGCAGCAGCAGUCGUCGUCGUCGUUGUCGUUGUCGUCGAUGUCGUCGUUGUCGUCGGUGUCCCCGGUAGCGGCGCUGGAGCGCCUGAGCCCGCUGUGCGGGGCGGUGUCGGCGGUGGAGGGGUCAGACGUGGGCCGGCGCCUGGCCGCCGCCGAGCUCGAGGUGCUCCACCUCAACGAGUUCCUGCGCCAGAACACGCACAAGUACACAGAGGACAUCAAGAAGCUGGAGGAGAAGAUGAAGACGCGAGACCGCUACAUCAGCAGCCUGAAGAAGAAGUGCCAGCGUGAGCAGGAGCAGAAUCUGGAGCGGCAGCAGCGCAUAGAGACGCUGGAGAAGUACCUGGCAGACCUGCCCUCUCUGGAUGAGGUGCAGAGCCAAGCCCAGCAGCUGGAGGAGGUGCGUGGUAAGGCGGAGGCGCUGCAGGAGCGUGUGUGUGAGCUGGAGAGGAGCUCGGAGGAGAGCCAGGCGCUACUGCGGGACAAGGACGAGCAGAUGAUCGUGCAGGGCGCCCGAGAGCUCGAACUGGUGGCCACCGUACAGAGCCUACAGGAGAAGGUGGAGCAAUGUCUGGAGGAUGGCGUGCGCUUACCGAUGAUGGACCUGAAACAGCUGGAGAGGGAGAACACCAAGCUGCAGGAGCAGCACACACACAGCAGUGUGCUGGUGGACAAUCAGAAGAAACAGAUCGAGAAGCUCACGUUAGAGCUUUCGGCUGUGGAGCAGCACUUGCAGCAGGAGAGGAGUGUGUCUCAGGCACUGCGAGAGCAGCUUCUGGACAAAGAGGAGGACCUGCAGACCCUCAACAAAACCAUGCAGGAGAACCAGAGGCAGGUGGGUGAGGGCUGUGUGUUGCGCUCGAGUUCGGGGACGUCGGCCCAGGAGUCGGGCCCGCUGCUGAAGGAGAUGUCCCUCUGCCUGAUGGACCUCAAGGCCCUCUGCAACAUCCUCACACACCGCGCCCAGGGCAAGGAGCCCAACCUCACGCUGCUCUUAGGAAUCAAAUCGAUGGGUGUGUCCGGUGAGGAGAUCGAGUCUCCGGAGGAGGACGGCUUGCGGGUGAAGCUGCGCGAGGUGUGCCAGCUGCGGCAGGACAUCGACGAGCUGCGCACCCUCAUCUCCGACCGCUACGCCCAGGACAUGGGCGACAACUGCGUCACGCAGUGACCACCGCCCCACCCACCCCUCCAUCCUCCUCCAUCCUCCUCCAUCUCAUCUUCAUCUCCCGCGCUCCUCCAUCUGCACCCACUCUCCCCUUAUCCUCAGGGUGUUAUUUUUGUUGGAUUUGUUCCUGUUUUGUUUCUGUUUUGGUUAUUUUUUCUUUGUGUAUAUAUGUGUGUGGAUUUGAGUGCAAAGACAUCCAAUACAAAGAAGGGAAUAAAACGGCACCCCCCGAGAGAGUGCGAGAACAAGAGAGCAAACAAAGAGAGGAACUCCUUCAUGUACACUGUCGGUUCGGACAGGUGGAUCUUUUCUCCCGACUACUGAAUGUUGGACUAGGCUGUGAACAUGAUUUGUUUUAUUAUUAUUAUUAUUUCUUUUGAAUUUCACAAGGGACGUCGAGCAUCAGCUUUUCUACUUGGAAUCUGGAGCAGAAAGGGUUAAUGUGUCACCCUUUCAUUUCCUGUAUUGGAAAUGUGAGUGUUCUUUUUUGUUAUGUUUUUUUAAAGGAUGAUGGCAUUGUACAGUAUUUCUGCCUCUGUUUUUAAAGCGUUUCUGUUUUACGUUGGACUGUAUUUAUUGACAUUUGAGGAUUAGAUAUACAGUAUCUGUUGGUGGAGAGCGUUUUGAUCCCACCCAGUAUGUCUUUCUGUGAAGAAAUGGAAUUGUGGGAGAUGUAGUCUUUUAAAAGCCCUUCUUAAUGCAGUCUCACUGGCCAGUAGGGAAAACGCAUACAUGAAAUGCAUGUACCAGUGCUGUUCUGUAAAGUGCCUCACAGAGUCAGAGUCCUCUUAUCUCCCUCCCAUCUCACUAUUGGUCAUCCACUGAGGAACACUGUCGCCAUGGUUUCCCCUCCAUUAGGUUCUCUCCGCUUGUGUUGACAGUCGCGGGUCGACAUGGAAACAUGUUUCUCCUCUCACCAAAUCACCCUUUCCUUCCUACAUGCUUCCACACUCCAGUGUUCCAUCACUGACCCGUGUAUGUGUGUGUGUGUGUGUGUGUGUGUGUGAGAGAGAGAGGCUGGCUGGCUACUGGGGUUUAUGAAAUAUUGGAUAGUUGUGUAAGCAUAAAAAGGGAAAGCGACAGGAAAGCAAAAAUCUUCAGUCAGUUCAGGCAGGGGUUGUGACCAUGCUCUGUGAUAUUAGCAGUUAGCCAACAACCCCACUGAGCACCAGGUCUUUUGUAAAAAUAAUAAUAAUUAUAAUAAUAAUAUUUCUGAUAGUGUUAGUACCAAUAAUCAGGAAAUGUUUUAGUGAUACAAAUAGCUUUGGUUACAGAAAUGAAAAUAAUAAUACUUUGGAUAGUCUAUAUCCAUUUUUUUUUUAUUCCAAAGACAUCUGACGAGGAAAUAAGUCUAUGAGGAAAAAAAAUAACAGAAUAAUUAUUUUAGAUGCAUUUGAUACAUUGACCUUACAGAAAUAAUCUUAAUGGAAAUGUAUCAGUCACAAGGUCAACAGGUCAUUGCACCAUCCUCUGUAACUGUGGAUGUAUAAUUUUUGGUUUGUAACGACAACCAUGUCGUCUAGCAAUGCAAAUAUUGAUAUUGAUAUGUAUAUUUUUUGUUUCCUCAGGUAUUUUAAAUAGACAGUAUUAUCGGCACCCGUAUCGGUGUUCAACCACAGAGAUCAUUUUAACUGUAAAGGUUUUUGUGUUGACUUUUUUGUACUUACCUUAAACUCACACCACAUCAGAAGUCGCACGGCACUUCAGCAAAAAAAAACAAAAAACAUUUGGAACCGUUGUGAUAAUUUUUUCGGGGCAAAGCCCUACAAGCCCUCAAUAUAUUUGUGUCAGUGAAAUAGGAAUUUUUCUAUGAGAUUCGGUCAUGACAACCUUUUGCGUCAUUAUUAACUGUUGUUUUGCAAACGUGAUGAAUGUCAUGCAUUUGGAUGUUUUUUUGUGUUUUCAAGACCUACCAAGGUAGUUUGCUGUUGUAUUUACAUAGCAAUAGGAAUGGCCCUUCACCGGCUUCUUUUGCAUGUUUUGAUGAAUGUUGUCCAAAACAAAUGACGUUCUCAAUAUGUUUUUGAAGAGAAAAAAAAACCUAACGUUACUGUGCAUGUUCUUGUAAACCUGUGCUGUACUUCUAGUGUCAAACUGAUUGUAAAGAAUGAACCAGAUUUUGACUGAUGUAAUGGGAAAAAGAAGGGACUUCAAAACACAAAGCGUCUCACACACAUAAUUGCACCGUGCUAUGCAACUUUCACAUUUACCAGCGAAUGUCAGAUGAAAUGGGUUAGCUUUUUUGGUGCCUUUCACAAAUCUAUGCAGCAGAGAGACAGGCUUCCCUGUCAAACGGACAUGGCUGUUAGGACUGGCUGUGUGUUUCGCAUUUGUUUUUAUAUAAGGAGAAAUGUAUUGCGUUAGCGCUUACAGAAAUCAGGUAUUAACCUCUUGAGUGGAGUGCAUUCAGGUUUAUGAGGUUCAAGUCCUGCUAUAAGAUUCUGUUCAGUUGAGUUGUCAUCGGAGUUUACUCAGUUGUACCACCUGUUUCAAGGUUUAUAUUAAUCAGCAAAUAUGGAUUUUUU